UUCCGCGGGCGGGCAGCGGGGCCGCCGGCUAUGGGGGAGCCGCGGGGCGCGGUGGCGGCGAGAGCGGCGGUCAUCGUGCUCGGGGCGGGAGCCUGCUACUGCCUGUGGCGGCUGGCGGCGCGCGGCCGGCGGGGCCCGCGGGCUGCGGGCGGGGUGGCUCGGGGCCGGCCGCCAGAUAACAGUCCUCCACUGUCAACCCAUACCAUGGACGCAGAUGCUCUACAGAAACUUAUUUAUUUGCUGCAUGCCACAGAUGAUCCAUUAAUUCAAGAGCAAGCUUUAAUCACUCUCGGCAACAGUGCUGCCUUCUCUGUAAAUCAUGAUAUAAUCCGGAAUUUGGGUGGCCUUUCUGUUAUUGGAGGGAUGCUCUCAGAUUGCGUUCCCAAAGUUAAAGAAAAAGCACUGAAUGCACUUAAUAAUUUGAGUAUGAAUAUUAAAAAUCAGGAAGAGAUACAGGUAUAUAUUACACAAGUGUGUGGGACUGUUGAGUCAGCUCCCCUGAACUCUGACCUGCAGCUAGCUGGACUCCGAUUAUUGACAAAUAUGUCUGUUACCAGCGACUACCACCCUAAAAUGAUAACCUCAAUUCCAUGCCUGCUUCAUUUGCUUUCAGAAGGAACUGAAAGGACACAGAUUCAAGUUUUGAAAGUACUUGUGAACUUAUCUGCAAACCCAGCCAUGACAAGGCAUCUUCUCAGAGGUCAAGUGCCAACAUUGCUGUUACUUCUUGACAACUGUACAAACAGAGAUAUUCUGCUUAGAGCCCUGGUGUUUGCAGCAAACUUGAAAAAGAAUGUGAACAGAGAUGGCACCAUGGACCGAUACAAUGAAAGUUCCAUUUUCUUUACACUCUGUGGGGACUCUACUGCAUUUGCUCAGAAACUGGCAUCUUUGUUGCAUCACCCUGAUGCAGAAGUGAAAGAGCAAGUUGUGAGGAUAUUAACACAGUAGUGAUUCCUUUUUUAAAACGAACAGACUGACCUGAUGAAAAUAUCUCACCUUAGGAAUGAUGGGCUAAACCCCCCCCCAAAAGCAACAAUAAAACAACCCCAGAAAUACUAAAUAGUAACAUAUUAUUAGGCACAAAUCAUAGAAUAGUUAGGGUUGGAAAGGAUCUCAAGAUCAUCAAGUUCCAACCCCCCUGCCAUGGGCACGGACACCUCACACUAAACCAUGUCACCCGAGGCUCUGUCCAACCUGGCCUUGAACACCGCCAGGGAGGAAGCAUUCACAACUUCCCUGGGCAACCCAUUCCAGUGCCUCACCACCCUUACAGUAAAGAAUUUCUUCCUUAUAUCCAGUCUAAACUUCCCCUGUUGAAGUUUUAACCUGUUACCCCUUGUCUUGUCACUACAGUCCCUAAUGAAGUGUCCCUCCCCAGCAUCCUUACAGGCUCCCUUCAGAUACUGGAAGGCUGCUAUGAAGUCUCAAUGCAGCUUCUUUUCUCCAGGCUGAACAGCCCAAACUUUCUCAGCCUGGCAAAUCAGUUACUACAAAAGAGAAUUCAAUGUAUUUAAUAGAGCAUAACAUUUUUUUAAUGAACAAGAUAAAAGCAAUAGCUUAAUACUGAGAAACAACUGGACAGCUGGUACAUGUAUACAAGGGGGAGGAAUAGUUCAAAACUUGAACUUGCAGAUGUACAGUGAGCAUCUGAAAUGGAGAAACUAAUUAAAAUACUCAGUAUCAUAAAGAAUUUUUGUUACCGUAUUUGCAGCUGUUGAAUAAAUACUUUUAUAGAAUGAUGCAUUGAAGGUUCAGCAAUUAGAGAUCAGGCAUUUACAUUUUAUUAAUCUGACAUCUACUCAAUGGGGGCAGGCAAAUCUUAGAAAAUAAUAAAUAAAAUCAAUGCCAAACUAGCAUCAGCUUCCUACAAAACUAGUAUUUGCAAUGCAAACUGCUUAUUGAAGUUCCCCAGCCUGUGUUUUUUCACCUUACCUGCACGGAAUAUAUGAAACUAUAUUCUCAUAUACUUAGUGUAUCUGUCCCAUUUAGCUAAACUGCAGUGCAAUCAGCCACAACCAUCAAGACUUUUAUACUUGAAUAAAAGCAAAAGAAUUUUAUCUUGCUUUAAAAUUGUCACUUUAAGGAAAGCAUACAUAUUUUUCAAAAUAUUUUGUUGUGAGUCAAAGCUUAUCUGCAAUUCAACAUUCUUACCUUUAUUUUAAAAAGUCUAUAUUAGAGCAGUAUCAUCCACAUUUUUACACCAGCUUCUUGUCCUGUAGCAGCCCCUGAGCCUGUUUUCCCUGGGGAGUUUUAUUCUUUUUUUCUCUGCAACUGGAACAUCAUCAGAAUAAGACCCCCAUAAAGUUUUAGUCAUCAAUCCAGUGUUAACUCAAAAUGAAGUGGAGAAUGUACAAACAUCGUGUAAAAGAACCUGAAGGAAGUUUCAUUGAUGAACACAAAGCAUACUAGAAAAUACUUCAUACUAAAUGAAGACUCUUAAAGCUUCCGCAAUAGCGCAUCAUAGAGUAAGAAGUGUCAGCUAUAAAGGCUAGAAAACAAGCUUUCCACCCUUGUACCAUUUUUAAGAGCUGUAUUGCCUAUACUCUUACCAGAUGCUUCACCUUGCCAUGUUACUAUACCCAAUGUACUCUCACUGAAUUAUUACUCUUGACUCUUUCUGAAAUUCAAUAGAUACUUAUUUUCAGUAGGCAACUUUGCAAAUAGCUAAAGGUGCAAGAAGAAUGUGACCUUGAUAAUACAACACACUCUGAUCAAUACGGGGGUAAAGCUACAUGUAUCCAGUUCAUCUACCCGGGUAGUUUUAACUCAUCAGGAAUGCAAUCAAGACAGAAACAGCAGCUGGCCUGAUUCCCAGUCAGAACCCUGACAAUUGUGUUGACACUGAACGUCCCUUUCUCCUUCCCACUGCUCCAAAACCACUGCUCAUUUUGGAAUAAACAAGUUACAAUUAAUGCUUUGCCACUUUCUGUAGAUUUUUUUUUUUUUCUGCUUCUGUAUUUAACAAAGGAAAACAAAUGCUAAGUCAGGCAUAAAGAAUUUGCCAAUCUCACCUCUCUCUUCUGACAAGAACUUAAGACUAGCCUGGACUAGUCUGUUCUAGGUAUAGCUGAUACAUACAAGUUUUCUGAAGCUCAGCAAUAAAGAUGUUUAGAUGUCCCUCUCUGUUCUGUGACCUAAAAAGUUGUUUUUCAGAUAUCAUCCUUUUGAUAAUUAGCCUUUGACAGCUGUCAGAAACAAGUAACCACUGUCCCCUUUUCUAAAAGUACAUGAAACCUUGUUACAGUAGUGCUUUCUUCAUAGAAGAACACUGUUAAUAUGUUUUGAAAUCGUGCAAGGCUCUCCAAAGUGUCUUCACACCAGAAUGUCUAACUUUUUUAUCCCACACCCUAGAUGAAAUCUUACCAGCACCAAGCCAAGUGUAAGAGACACCAUUCUACAUAUAAAUGCUGUGAGUGAAUAGAUCCAAACUGAAAUGUAUGCCGUUACUGACAUUUAGUCUCUGACUCUCAUAAGUCAGUACUUCUCUGCUCUGUGGCUGCUUAUCUGUGUUCUGUAUUUUACUUUCUUUCUAAAGUACAGAAUUUUACAGAAGAGUCUACUGAUGUUUCUGAAAACAGGAAAACAAACAAAACACAUCAGUUUUAACCAUGCCCUUCACAGUACUCAAAGCAUCCUGCACAGCUUAGUGUCUUUCGCAAUAUUAUGAACAUGAGAUGCAUUAUAUUAUACAAUUUGUUAUUGAAGCUCUUGUGUAAAUAAGAGGCCCAGUAGAGACUUCACCUGAAAUACCCUCCCAAAAUGAACACCAAAUGACUGAGAGUAGUUUUAAACCAGUUCUGAACAAAUUCUGGUGAAUACAUCUAGGCCAUAUUAGAAUAACCUUUUCAAAUAAAGAAAUCCUGACAUUUGUCAAAUAUGAAUCUCACCAGAGGAAUAUAAGCUACGUUUUCUUACAUGUAAGUGUAGCCCUCUGUUCCUGAACCCUCUCUCAGCAUGAACUUGGACUAAUGGAUUUUUACCUCCUUGUGCUGUUUUUUGUUGGUAUUAAGAUGUUUAAGACUUGUAGCACUUCCCAACAGUUAAAAGAUUCCUUCAGUUUGCUCAUAGCAUGAAAUCUCAUUAAUUGGUUUGAACUGGUUGCUGGAAGUUCAUGUUUUUAAAUAGCAGGGAAAUAAUGUGUCUUUUUGUUUAGAUUUAUGGAUUCUGAACAUAAAAUGUAAUGCACUGCAAGAACAACAACAAAAAAAAUACAUAUCCCCCACAGACCUAAACAAAUCAUUGACAGAAAAAUCAUUUGCCAGUGAAUAAUGAAGGAGAAUAACAACCCUUUUUAUUGGCAAUAAUAGGCUUUAAUUCUGUAAAUUAGCAUGGCAAUUUGAUUCAGAUACAUUUAGCCAAGUUUUACAAUAGUGAGCAAUGUUGUCAUCUCUCAUUCAACUUAAAAAUUACAGGGAAGCUGUAAGAAAAAAAAUACCACAGCCCUUGCUAAAUAUAUUUCACUUAAAAGUACUUAGUAAUAGGCUGAGUCAAUGUAAAGACAAGUGCCAUUAAGGGAUUCUUCCAUUUCAUGUACUGCAUUUAGACAUGUUCUGGCCUAACUUAAAAACAUUGACAAAACAAAGAAUACUCUGGCCAGCAGUUAAGUGUUACACGAGUGACGCAAUAUUAAACUAUGUCUAUCUCUGAAAGGCACGUUUCUUUAUAUCACUGUAAAAUGCAGCUUUUGUGGUUCGUCAGUAUAUGAAAAUGUAGAAGCAGUCAGUAAAAUAAUUCUUUUACUGUGCUUGUGCUUAACAACACAGCUGUAUUGGAAGACUCCACCCCACAAAACAUACAGUGAAGCUAUCGAGGUACAGGGCAUAAACUGAAGAUUAAUGACCAACAAGUGGGAGAUGACAUUCUAACAAAAACUAGUUCAAGUCAGCCAUUAACUCUAAGAGUAUGUCCUGCACUGAGGUUAUUAUUGCUGCUGCAGGUAAGAUGAAGAGUUCAAAAAAGCCCCCAAAACCCCAGUAAUUUAUCAGUGGUGUACAUAAGAGUUGAAACUGCAAGUUAUUCCCAGACAAUACCUUACAUAUUAACCAGUUCUUCCAUCACCUCAAAAUUGAUAAACAAUAUAACUAGUGAAAUUUAGCAUGAAAUUGGUAUGCAAGUUUUAGUUCUGUAACCGACAAACCCAGCAUCUACAAAUCCAAUUCACCCCCC